AUGCCUCUGGAGCUUUACAAAGAAGCUAAUGAAGAAGAUCCAAAAGUUGUUCUCGACGGCGUCGCUGGCCUCGUUGGGCUCUUACGCCAGUUAGGGGAUCUUGCUGAAUUUGCAAGAGCAUUUGCUCCCGCCACUGAGGAUGAAGACACCCGCGCCCAAGUUGCUUCUACCAAACUCGAAGAAGUAGGUGUCAGCACCGACGAGGAAAAUGAAGAUAGCAUCCUCGAUCUGAAGUUGAAGCUGUAUCGAUUUGAUAAAGAAACAAAUCAAUGGAAAGAGAGAGGCGCUGGCACUGUGGAGCUGUUGAAGCAGAAAGAGACUGGAAAAAUUUGUCUUGUCAUGAGGCAAUCUAAAACUCUCAAGAUCUACGCUAAUCAUCUGGUGUUGUCAAUGAUGAGGUGGAGCAGCAUGCUUCAGUCGUGUUUAUGGCGGGAUCCUGACAUUGCAAACGGUGAAUUGAAAGAUGAAGUUUUCAACACUCGUUUUUUAUCCCUGGAGAAUGUUAAAAGUUUUCUAAAGAUGUAUUCCAUUUCCAUCAAACAACCCACUAAACCACGUUCAAUCCCACUAUCUCCACCUACUCCAGUACCCCACGACUAUUACCUUAUCUAUCACUCAUUUUUGUUCCUAAAGGAGGGGGGAAAAGCAUUUGGGGAAAAAGAGAGGGGGACCUUUCUAUGUAUAUUUCACGCCAUGGAAGUGUUCCAGAGAACGGCAAAACAUUUCAUGCAGCAACUGGCAGCUGGCUUGCAAGCUCUCCGCGACAAUAAUCUUAUACAUCGAGAUCUAAAGCCUCAGAACCUUCUCCUCUAA